AUAAUAAAUAAAAGGCUACAAAAAUGCUUCAUUUACAAAGCUACGGCAGUAGCAGUAGUGAUUCUGAGCCGGAAGACGGUAAAACGAAAGCCGAAAAACCACAAACAACAACAGAACCGUCAGCGGACGCAUCGGCCCAUCUAAAGCCCGUCGACAGUCAGUAUUCUGUUGGGAAAUCGUUGGAAAUAUGUGCUGCACCGUUGGUGGUACCGAUGGGUCAAUCGGAAGUGUCGCGUGCCGUAGCACCAACGGUGAAGGAAAUCAACUACAACCCACGCUAUGAAGAACUGUUUGCUCCCGUAGCUGGACCGGAAAAUCCGUUCCUCACGCAGCAAAUGAAAGCACCGAAAAACAUGCUGACGGGAUUCGUUGAGAAUGCACACAUAAGUGACUUUCAGUUUGAAAAUCAGCGCAAAACGUUCCACAGCUACGGGUAUGCGCUGGAUCCAUCGGUCGACGGGAAAGGAACGGCACCGGAAGAGGGACCAAGCUAUGUCGGUCAUCUGCAGGCUGCGUACGACACGGAUGGUGCGACAGUGUUUGAGUCUUCAAAGUCGAAAGUGGCCGCCGGGGAGAAGCGAAAGCGGGUGAAAAAUGACGCUCCGGAAGAUGUGGAAGGAUUCCUGGGUCCGUGGGGUAAGUAUGAGGAUGAGCAAACGGUGGCACGGCCAAACGAAAAGGAACGAGCCGAAAUCGAGGAAAUGAUGGCCAAGAAGCACCGACGCCACAAGGUUAAGGAGGACAAACCCAUCGAGGAGAAAUCGAUCCUGCAUAUCAAAAAUGCGUUCGAUUAUCAGGGCCGAUCGUUUCUGCAUCCACCGCACGAUGUUGGAGUUAAUUUGCGAAAAGCUGGCGCACCGGAUCGUUGCUUCCUGCCCAAGGCACACAUUCAUUCAUGGACCGGGCACACGAAGGGCAUAUCGGCUAUUCGCUGGUUCCCAGUAUCGGCUCACUUGCUGCUAUCUUGCAGUAUGGAUGCUCGGGUAAAGCUAUGGGAAGUUUACAACGAACGGCGCUGCGUACGGACGUAUUCGGGCCAUCGGCAGGCCGUACGUGAUGUGAGCUUCAACAAUAAAGGAGAACGAUUCAUCUCGGCCGGAUACGAUCGCUACCUAAAACUGUGGGACACAGAAACGGGAGACGUCAUCUCACGGUUCAAUUCGCGCAAGAUUCCAUUCUGCGUAAAGUUCCACCCAGACUUUAACAAACAACAUCUGUUUGUGGCUGGAACUUCUGAUAAGAAGAUUAUCUGUUGGGACACCCGUACCGGUGAGAUUGUGCAGGAGUACGAUCGGCAUCUCGGUGCCGUCAAUACGAUCACCUUCGUGGACGAAAAUCGACGCUUCGUGACAACCUCGGACGAUAAGAGUUUGCGCGUGUGGGAAUGGGAUAUACCGGUGGACAUGAAGUACAUUGCCGAUCCGACGAUGCACUCGAUGCCGGCCGUUACGCUGGCCCCGAACGGUAAGUGGCUAGCGUGCCAGAGCCUGGACAACAAGAUUGUCAUCUUUUCCGCCAUCAAUCGGUUCAAGAUGAAUCGCAAGAAAACGUUCACCGGCCACAUGGUGUCGGGAUACGCGUGUAAUCUUGACUUCUCGCCGGACAUGAGCUAUCUCGUGUCGGGCGACGGUGAUGGCAAGUGUUACAUUUGGGACUGGAAAACAACCAAGCUGUACAAGAAGUGGCAGGCGCAUGAUAAUGUGUGCAUAGCAACGCUCUGGCAUCCGCACGAAGCGAGCAAGCUUGUGACGGCCGGUUGGGAUGGAUUAAUAAAGUACUGGGAUUGAACGAUGACAAUGCGCCGUCUUUGCGGGCGAGCA